UAGCCUAGCAACGCUAAUCUACUCCUUCACGAGCCGAUCACGUAUCCUGGGUCAGUUAAACGGCUGAAGGAGCGGUUUGUAGCCUAUCGACGCGCUUUCAUGUCUCGUUUGUUCCUGGCGCUGUCACCCUCUGUCAGCUGUACUGUCCCCCGCCACACAGCCAGGUAAACACCGGCCAGCCUCAUGAAGACACGGCCGCUGUCCCCUUACACAUGGAGGCCAGUUGAAUAACACACAGGAGCCGCGUGGAGUCCGAGGCACCAUGGAUCUCUCAGCGCCUGCUCCGGUGGUAGCCCUCCUCCACUGACCUCUCCUCCUCCUCCUCCCUGUCUUUUCCUCCAUCUUCCCCUCUCACAUCUACCCCUCUUUCUCCACACCCCAUCCCUUACUACCUCACAUCUGUAACCCAGGGCGACCACUUUACCACUCCUACAUCAUGGCAGGGGAGAAAGGGCCGACUAAGCGAAGCGCCAUGGACAUCAAGCGCCUGGCGAGCCUCAUCCAGAGAGGAACGGGCCGUUUGCUGGUGAUAGACAGCAGGACGUUUUCUGAGUACAAUGUGUCACAUGUGCAAGGCGCAGUCAACGUCUGCUGCUCCAAGCUGGUGAAGAGGCGACUGCAGCAGGACAAGGUGUCUGUCACUGAGCUGCUGCAACCCAACGGCAAGGUGAAGGUGGAGUUGGGCAGGAAGCAGGAAGUGGUGGUUUAUGACCAGAGCUCCAAAGAGGCGGGGCAUCUGUCCAAAGAUGGCUUCAUGCAUAUUCUCAUGGGAAAGUUGGAGGGCACCUUCCACAAAGUCUCCCUGCUGACUGGAGGCUUUGCUGCUUUCUCCUCCUGCUUCCCCGGCCUGUGUGAAGGGAAACCUGCCACUGCUCUACCUAUGAGCUUGUCCCAGCCCUGCUUGCCUGUGGCAAAUGUAGGGCCCACUCGCAUCCUGCCGCAUCUGUACCUGGGCUCACAGAAGGACGUCCUCAACAAGGAUCUGAUGGCUCAGAAUGGUAUCACCUAUGUGCUGAAUGCCAGCAACACCUGCCCCAAGCCGGACUUCAUCAGUGAGAGCCACUUUAUGCGCAUCCCAGUUAACGACAACUACUGUGAGAAAUUGCUUCCCUGGUUGGACAAAACGAAUGAAUUCAUAGACAAAGCUAAGGUGUCAAACUGCAGAGUCAUUGUGCACUGCCUGGCUGGAAUCUCGCGUUCAGCAACCAUCGCCAUUGCAUACAUCAUGAAGACAAUGGGCUUGUCAUCAGAUGAUGCCUACAGGUUUGUAAAGGACCGAAGACCGUCCAUAUCCCCCAACUUCAACUUCCUAGGUCAGCUUCUGGAGUUUGAGAAGGGCCUGCGAUUGCUGCAAGCUUUAUCCUCUGAUGACAAGAUCUCUGAAAACAACACCAAGCAAAGCUCAGAGGUUAAUGGAGUCAGCACAGGUUUUGAGAUGAAUGGUCAUCGCAGCAACUAUGACUCAUCUGUGGCAGAGCCACACAUCCCACCAGAACCCAAGCUGCCGUCUCCCACCUCCCUCCAGCAAGGCUUCAACGGCCUGCACCUCUCUGCAGAGAGGAUCAUGGACACCAACCGGCUUAAACGCUCCUUCUCCCUGGACAUUAAGUCUGUCUACUCCCCGAAUAGUCCCCAUUGCCCCAGCCAGGCACCCACACACUCUGAAGACGUCCCUAAGCUGUGCAAGCUUGACAGCCCAGGAACAGGCACCUCCAAUGGUGUCUGCUCCCAGUCUCCCGUCCUAGACAGUCCUUGCUCCUCCGAUUCACCAUUCCCCUCACCAGGCAGUGGGGGCAGCAUUGGAGGUUUGGGGUUUGGAGGAAUUGAAGGAGUCCAUCGGUCUGGUUCUUCCUCAUCCAGGCCCAGGAGGAAACCCAAACACUGCUCCAGCAGUUCCCCAGUCCACUCCCAUCCACACCAACCUCCACAGUCCCUCAGCUUAUCACUGGACAACAAGAGCCCCAGCCUGGACGAGAACCUGAAAGGCUCCCUGCUCCUGUCACUACCCUCCCUGCCCACUGUGGGGUCUGGGGCCAUGUGGACCAAACACAGAGAGACUGUCCAGGCCACCACUCCAGUUACUCCUGUCACACCCACCACAGAUGCCCCCUGGCACUUUGGGGCAGAGGAGGGUGGUGAGGGAGGGAUGGAGCUGGGGGGAGGAGUGAUUGGAGGAGGAGAAGAGUCAUCGGUGAGGUUUGGGAGCAGCUCGGCGUAUGUGGCGUUUGGGUGCAGCGAAGGCGUGCGGUUACGAGACAAAUCCCAGAGGGAGAAGCCAUCAGCACCACAGACACAGAGAGACCACCGGGACUCCAUGUCAUCGUCCACAGUGAGCAUGUCCAGCAGUGCGAACACCAACGGGCCCGCGCCAGAGAAGCAGUUCAAGCGGCGCAGCUGUCAGAUGGAGUUCGAGGAGGGCAUCUCUGAGACGCGAUCCCGAGAAGAACUGGGGAAGAUUGGGAAGCAGUCAAGCUUCUCUGGGAGCAUGGAGAUCAUCGAGGUAUCCUGACAGAUAAUGGACAUAGGCAGAGCUGUCCCUUGGGGGCACAAAUGGACCUGGUUCGAGGGAGUACAAGAAGAGGACAUAUGACAGGGAGCAGAAGAGGCUUUUUUGUGCUCCCCGCAGAGACAGUGUUAAAGACUUCAAAUGAGAGAAGGACAAAUAGAUACACAAGGAGAGUUAAUGUGAAGAGGUUAGCAAGUGAGCUAGCAUUCACACCUGGACAGACGGAGCCUGUGAUGUGGUGCUUAGCAGACCUUAACCAUCCUGAACUCUCAUGCAAAUCUGAAGAAAAGUCUGGGGGAGGGUGGCGUAAAGGGGGUGACUGUAGGUACUGAAACUCUUAAUUUUUCUUAGCUCUGUCACAGAUAAAAAUAAACGACCCAGGGCAAGUGUAAUGUUGCAUCCUUAAUAUAUAGAGUAUCCCUAUUUUGACAGAGUUCGGACUCAAACUGCUUGCCUGCGGUCAAGUGUAGUGUGCUUCAGUGGGUGUAUAGCUUGUGAUUUGAACCAAGCCCUGUGUUUCCUCCCAAAGCGUCACCCCAGUGUCAGAAAGCCUCAGAACCUCGCACGGCUACACCCAGCCCCCCCACUCCCCCACCCCUCCCAGUGGCUCUGCCUGCUACAGACUCUGCAUAACAACAUCAAUAACAAUAACAGACUCCUUAACAGCACCGUCUCCUCACAUCACCACGGCACAAGGCAGCGAGAUCCCAAGGACUUAAUCUAAUGGCGGUACUGUAUCCAAACAAUGAAGGAUCCUCAGCACUUUGUUGCUGAAAAGACUGAGUUGAAGACUCUUUGCGACGGGCAGUGUCCCCCCCCCCCCAAAGCACAGUGUGUCUCUCCUGACUUUGGCUCCCGUGUUUCUAGUGUUAACAUGAUGGGACUGAGGUUUCGGGAUGGUGGCGAGGGUUCGCUUUUACAGCCCCUCAGCUCCUUUAUAGACCCCCGCCCCAACCCCCUCCCACUGCCCCCAGUCACCACCUUUGGUCACCACUGAGCAUGCACCAGAAAGGCUGACUACAGACAGACAAAUACUAUAUAUACAAUAUGAAUAUAUAUAGCAAUUUUAAUGGACUUCUAAUGGACUUUUUUGUUCAGUUAUAGUUUUAAUUUAUUGUAUUGGUUCAUUCUGGUAAUGAGAAAUAAUAUAAUGUUUUGUGGAUUUAUUUCUUUUUUCUUUUGUUGAAUUAUUAUUAUUAUUAUUAUUAUUAUUUGCUGUAUGGUAUUUAUGAACACACACAAACAAAUACACACAUUCAACAAAAUCAAGCAAGCAAUACGUGCUGUUCCUUUUUUGGGGAGAGUGAUGUAUGACUUUUAAAUGCACUUUUCUGCUUUCUGAUAACCAAGUUAUCCCAGUUACCCCUCACACUCUGGCAACAGGAUACUCCAAAAGACAAGUCUGGAGUUUUGUUUGGACAAAUGUAGAGCCUCUGUUUUGUGUUUGGAGGGUGGUACAGACAGCCCGCGAGUGCGAUCUAUAUGAACAGGAUCUCUGUUUUGGCUCAUCUGCAGUCUGUAUUCAUGGAUUCAUCUCAAUCGAGGUUCUGACUGUGUGCAGAGGAAGACAAAGUAGCCGCGCACACUCUCGUCCCUCAUAUACAGUAAAACAUUUUCUACCAGUUUCACGAUGGCUUGCAUGACAACAACUAUAUGCAAACAGACGCACGCUCUUUCACAAGUUUAAAAUGUAUAGACUUGCACCGAGUGUCCUCUCUGAGCCAGCACCAGUUCAUCAUCAUCAUAGCGUAUCCCACCAAAGCUGAAACCAACACACACACACACACACCCCCUAUACUGUAUGCACUUACAUAUAUUUUCACACAUGUAAAGCAUAGGCCCUAAACACACCCUUUUGUUUAUUCUCAGGGGAUCUUUCAGUGAGCCAAGCCCGGCACAGGGUACACAGCUGCUGGUACAUCAGCACAAUGCAUGUCCAUAAAGCUCCCUCGCUUUCUCUCACUCUCUCUCUGUCUUUUUAUUUUUUUUGCUUUUAUUUCUUUUGUUUUCCAAAGCUUUGAUAAAAACAGCGAAACAAAAUGGAAAGGAAAAAUGAGGAUCUUCAUAUCUUGAGGUGAAAGAAAUGAAAACUUUGCUCUCCUGGUGCGAGAUUGUUAUUUAUUUAUAAUGCAAAAUGUGUUUAUUUUUCCUUUGACCCUUGAUUAGCUUUUCUCUCUGGUGAUCUCUGACCUUUGACCUUGGGCUGCUGCAGCAACAGUAAGUUCAGAUAGAUUCCUUUGUUCCCCCGAGGCUCAAGCAACCUCUCCUCUCCUCAUCCUCCUCCCUAUAUUUUUAAGAAAUGUUGUUAGAAUUAUUUAUGACAUGUAACAAAGAUGAUGCAGGCUGUCCCAUUUGCUAAAAUUGUUGUUAUCAAUUAUUAUUAUUAUCAUUAUUAUUAUUAUUAUUAUUAUGUUGUGUAAAUAGCAACGCAUCUAAGAACACUGAUGAAUUUAGAUGAGUUUUUAAAAGAAAAUCCUGAUACCUUAGGCUGCUUGACGCAAAAAUACCUCAGGUUCUAUUGAAAGGCUUUUCCUUCCCCUGUACAUGUUUUGUGAAAAUGAGACAAAAAUACAGACAU